AUUGUUUCAAUUUUGGAAUAAUUAUUCAAGAACCAUUGUUUUGCUUGAUACCACCUAAACUAAUCAGUUUCAAAUUGGACAAAUUAUAAUAAAAUGGAAAUAUAUUUUUACUGGUCUUAUGCAGUAUAAAUGCUAAAGUCAGGUUGCGCCAACUAAUAUUACAAAACUAGUGAAGAAGCAUACAUUAAACAUAUAUUUUUAUAUUUGGUUAAAAUGGCAGUAAUGUCAAGUUUAAAGAUCUUCGUGCAAAAAUAUCCUAUAACUAGAGGAAUGAUCACAUACGCCACAAUGUGGCCGGUAUCUUCUUUGAUUCAGCAGACACUUAUCGAAGGAAAGAAUUACAAAAACUACGAUUAUUGGUCAGCUGCAAGAUUUAGUUUUUAUGGAGGGAUGUGUGUUGCAACUAGUUUGUAUGGAUGGAUAAGAUUAAGUUCUGUUAUAUGGCCCAAGAAUAAUUUUAAAACAGCAAUAACUAAGGCGUUAGUAGAACAAGUAACUUAUGGACCCGUAGGACUUAGCAUGUUCUUUUUCGGUAUGACAUUCCUCGAAGGACGCGGAAUUCAAAAAUCAGUGGAUGAAGUUAAAGACAAGUUUUGGCCGUCUUAUAAAGUCGCAAUAUGCGUGUGGCCAGUCGUGCAGACAAUAAACUUCACAUUUAUUAAAGAGAGCAAUCGAGUGCCUUUCGUGAGCAUGUGCAGCAUGCUUUACACGAUAUUCCUAGCACAUAUGCACAGUCUAAAACCAGAAGAUCUGAUCAUGAAUCAAGAGCUACUACUUGCAUAG